AUGACAGGAGGAGAGGGUCCUCACAGCUACGCUCAAAACUCUUCCUUUCGGGGAGAAGUUUUUGAAGCUAACAAAAAACUGAUUGAGGAAGCAAUAGUCAAGAACUUUGAUCCCAUGACAUACAUUGGACCUACAAACGUCAUUCGGAUUGCUGACCUUGGCUGCUCCACUGGGCCUAAUGCCAUUGUUGCAAUCUUCCUCCAAACAGAAAAUACUUACUUCGCUUCUGGGGUUCCUGGCUCUUUCCUUGGACGCUUAUUCCCAAAGAAAACUCUCCAUUGUGUCCACUCAUCUUCAACACUUCAUUGGCUUUCUAGGGUUCCUAAAGAGAUUGCAGAUAGAAGCUGCAGUGCAUUUAACAAAGGAAGGAGUCAUCACGUAAAUGCUCCUAAGGAAGUAGAAGAUGCGUAUUUAGCACAGUAA